AAUUUGGCAUAAAAUAAUCAUAAAAUUCAAAAAAAAAAAAAAUUCAAACGUAAAAUUGAGAGGAAAAUACAAUUGGCUCAAAAAAAGAACAAGUUAUGAAAUUUAAUCUAGCAUUGGGAUUGAUCAUGGUAUUAUCGAGCGUACUCCCCAUCAUCGUCGAAGGUUGCAAAAUCAGAACCAAUUACAGUGAUAAACCUGAGGAAAGGCCUUUGGAGGACAAUAUCUUAAUAUUCGAUUAUGAACACAAAGCCGGAACUAGGAAUAAAGAUUACAUCACUUUCGAAGAUUGCCACGGAAAUCUACAUCUUUACUCUCAAUUCUAUGACGGAUUUGAAUUUAUUAAAGAGGAAAAAAUAAUUGCGCCCGUCAUUCUGUCAUCGGCUGAAAAAUCGGUAAACGAUCCACUUUUGAUCUCUCCAUCAUUUACUAAAAGGAAUGGAAAUAUUACAUACGAACUAUAUAAUUUUAACAACAAUGGUGCUAACUAUAUUAUAAAGGGGAAGCGCAGAGGAAACGAUAAAAAGGUUAUUACCCUAUUUUGGUGUGACGAAUAUGUAUCUUUUGCUUAAGAAAAAAAAAAUAUCAUUUAUUUGGAUCAAACUUUGGCUUCAAAAAUACAAUUUAUUUUUUUUAACGUAAAUUUAAUUUUUAUAAAAUUCAUAUUUUUCAUUUUAAAUUGGUAGUAUAGUAGAUAUUUAUUUUUUAUAUAAACUAUAUAUGUUGGUAAUCAGGGUUUGUGAAUAAGGAUAAAAAAAUAAAAUAA